CCUAGCCACGCGUACAGUCCAACAGGUCCCCCGCCGAGGCAACAGCUGUUUCGCUCCUGUGGCCCGGGUGCGAGCCGGGACCGCAACUCUACUGCCCUCCCCUCGGUCCAGCAUAGCCGCCACGGCCCACCUGCCGCCGGGCGCAACCCCGACUUCCAGCUUCCCGUUGCACCGCGAGGGUCUCCCCACGAGGCCGAAGCCGCAGUGCCGACCGUGUCUUGCAGCAGGCC